AUGGAGUCUGUAAGAAGAAAGGUGGGGUAUGAGUGCUGUUUUGCAGUGAGUUGUGAAGGGAGGAGUGGGGGGUUGGCAAUUUUGUGGCAAAAGGAAACUAAACUUAGUAUACAAAGUUUCUCAAAGAACCAUAUAGAUGCUAGGAUCUAUAGUGAAGAGGCUGAUAGACAGUGGCACUUUACUGGUGUGUAUGGCCAUCCUAAGACUGAACUGAGGCAGGAAACGUGGAGUAUGAUUAAAACCUUGAAGGGAGUAGACACUGAUCCUUGGUUGGUAUGUGGGGAUUUUAAUGAGGUGCUAUGUUGGCAGGAGAAGAGGGGUGGCAAAGGUAGACCUGAACGACAAAUGAAAGCAUUCAGACAGCUUAUAGAUGACUGCUCAUUAAUUGACUUUGGUGAAAAGAGAAGCACAAGAGGCAAACUGUUUAGGUUCAAGGCCAUGUGGGCUGAGGAUGAGGAUUGUGAGAGAGUUGUAGCUGACUCAUGGAAGAGUAGAAUAGGUGAUAACCCUAUGAACAGAUUCAAGACACAAGUUGAGGCCUGUUCUCAAAGCUUAACACGCUGGAACAAGAUCAAGUUUGGAAGAGUGCAGAAGAAGAUACAACAGGCUAGGGACCACUUACAGCAGGUGCAGGAUAGAGACCCCUACCAUAUCCAAGUGGAACUGCACCAAGAGGCACGAAACCAGCUGCAAAUCUGGUUGGAAAGGGAGGAGAUUUUAUGGCACCAGAGAGCUAAGUCACUGUGGUUGCAAGGGGGUGAUCAGAAUACAGAGUACUUUCACCAGAAGGCUUCCUUGAAAAGAUCUAAAAAGUGGAUAAAGGGCUUAAAGGAUGAAUCAGGUGAAUGGCAAGCUGGACAAGGAAGGGAUGCAGUGAUCAUGAACUAUUUCAAGAAUCUAUUUUCAGCAACUUCUCAGAAUCCUAACUUAGAAUUCUUAGUUGGCAUGGAGGGUAGAGUGACUGAGGAGAUGAAUAAGGACCUGUUGAAAGAAUUCAAAAGAGAAGAAAAGUACUGGCAUUUAGUUGGGAAGUCCACGACUGAUGCUGUGAUGCAGGCCCUACAAAGUGGUACCCUCCCACUUACCAUCAACCAUACUUUCAUCACUCUAAUCCCAAAGAAGAAGAAGCCUGAAAAGAUUACUGAAUUCAGGCCAAUUAGCUUAUGUAAUGUGGUAUACAAACUGAUUUCGAAGGUCCUGGCUAAUAGACUCAAACCAAUUCUGAAUCAAGUUAUUUCAAGCUCUCAAAGUGCUUUUGUCCCUGGAAGAAGACAAGGAAAGGAAGGAUACAUGUCUAUUAAACUAGAUAUUAGCAAGGCCUAUGAUAGGCUUGAAUGGGGGUAUUUGGAGGCAGUGAUGAGUAGAAUGGGGUUUCACUCGAGGUGGACUCAACUAGUCAUGAUGUGUGUCAAGAUAGUCUCUUUCUCAGUUUUAAUAAAUGGAGAACCAAAGGGCCCUAUCCAUCCCUCUCGAGGCAUAAGGCAAGGAGACCCUCUGUCUCCUUACCUUUUUCUCAUAGGAACUGAAGGACUAAUAAGUCUCUUGAAACAAGCAGAGCUGUCCAGGAGCAUAGCUGGGGUCAGAAUAUGUAGAGGGGCACCAAGGAUAUCGCAUUUGUUGUUUGCAGACGACAGUGUACUUUUCUGCAAAGCCAAUAGGACAGAGAACAACCACAUACAGCAGCUACUUGAGUGGUAUGAAGAGGCUUCAGGGCAAAAAGUAAACAAAGAUAAAACUUCCAUGAUCUUCAGCAGGAAUGUAGACUCUAACCAACAGAGGGAGUUAAUGAGCUUGUGGGGGGUCCAACACUUUCAGCAAUACGAUAAAUACCUGGGCCUACCUCCUCUAGUGGGUAGAUCAAAGACAAGAGCAUUUUCAGACAUCAAGCACAAGGUAUGGACUAAGCUACAGAACUGGAAAGAGAAACUGUUGUCUCAGGGGGAAGGCAAUGGCACUCUCCAUCCCAACCUACACUAUGAGCUGCUUUAA